UCAGAGGGGAGGGCUCUGUUGACAGGGGUGGUGGUCUCGGUGUGUAUAAAAGCUCACAGCUGAGAGGCAGACGGCACGUUUGAAAAGAAGAUUUUAGCGAGGCCAAAGGGCUCUUCACUUGCAGCCACAGCUCCACUCCUCCGCCGCCUACAGCAGCCAUGACUGAGAGACGGAUUCCCUUCACCCUGCUCCGCACCCCGAGCUGGGACCCGUUCCGUGACUGGCACCACCGCAUCUUCGACCAGGCCUUCGGCAUGCCAGCCCAGCCCGAGGACUUCACCACAUUCCCCAGCACCCACUGGCCGGGGUACAUGAGGCCCUCCAUGAUGACACCGGACAUGAGCCUCGUGGGCCAAAUGAGCCCCAUGAUGCCCCACACCCCCCUGAUGUACCCAGCUCCCAUGAUGGCCCAGCAGGCCCGUGCCCUGUCCCGCCAGAUGAGCAGCGGCGUGUCGGAGAUCAAGCAGACCCAGGACAGCUGGAAGGUGUCCCUGGACGUCAACCACUUCUCCCCUGAAGAGCUGGUGGUGAAGACCAAGGACGGUGUGGUGGAGAUCACAGGAAAACAUGAGGAAAGGAAGGACGAGCACGGUUUUGUGUCCAGAACCUUCACCAGGAAAUACACCCUCCCCUCCACGGCGAACGUUGAGAAGGUGUCCUCGUCCCUGUCCCCUGAGGGGGUCCUGACCGUGGAGGCUCCUUUGAUCAGACCGGCCAUUGAGUGCUCAGAGACCACAAUACCUGUCAACGUAGACAACAAAGGUGGUGUGGUGAAGAAGUAGGAAGAAACGCAGCGCUGUGUCUCCCACCCACACACACACACACACACGCACACACACACACACACACACACAUUCAAAUACGCACUUCAUCUCUACAAACCGCUUCUAGAAAGAUGAAGAAGCAGCUGACCGCUCUUCCUAAAACAGGCUGGUUCACACGCUAGAGAGAGGAAAGCAAGGGAGAGUUCCCCCCCCCCCCCAUCUCUGGUAAUGACUGACCCCAGCUGAGCAGUAGUACCAUAUGCCGGCUCUUUCUGCCAUAACUACAUUUGAAUGUAGAAAGUGUAGCCCCGCUCACAGCUUUCUUUCUCUCCCUCCCUCACUAACACACACACACACACACCCCUUUCUCAUUUCUACUCAUGCAGCCUGCACUGACACCCUAAAGGCAACAGUAAAUCGGACUGUAUUAGCAGGG